AUGGGCAAGGACACCUUCCACUAUCUCAGGGGGCUCCAAGCCCAGUCCAGCCUGGGAUCCAGGGGCUUGGGGAGAAUCCUUUCUGAAUGUUUAAAACCACUGGACAAUAAUGUUUGUCUUUGUGUUUUUCUUUGCAGACUCACUGAACCUUCAGGGUAUGUCACAGAUGGGCCUGGAAAUUACAAAUACAAGACAAAAUGCACCUGGCUCAUUGAAGGAAGGCCAAACACAAUCCUCAGGCUUCGAUUCAAUCACUUUGCCACAGAGUGCAGCUGGGACCACUUGUAUGUGUAUGAUGGAGACUCAAUUUAUGCUCCCUUACUGGCAGCUUUUAGUGGUCUUAUUGUUCCUGAGAAAGACAGCAAUGAAACAGUACCUGAAGUUGUAGCUACUUCUGGAUAUGCUCUUCUACAUUUCUUCAGUGAUGCUGCCUAUAAUCUCACAGGGUUUAACAUCACCUAUAAUUUCAAUAUGUGUCCCAAUAACUGCUCUGGCCAGGGGGAGUGCAGGCUCAACAGCAGCAGCCUGGCCCCGCAGUGUGAGUGUGCCGAGCGCUGGAAGGGAGAGGCCUGUGACAUUCCCUACUGCCCGGGGAACUGUGGCGCUCCGGAGCGGGGCCACUGCAGCCUCAAUGGCUCCAGAGCCUGCGUGUGCUCUGCAGGCUGGCAAGGUCCUGGCUGUUCAGUUCCUGUUCCUGCAAACCAGUCGUUUUGGGAACGGGAAGAAUACACUCUUCCAAAACUUGCCAGAGCAUCUCACAAAGCUGUCAUCCAUGACAAUAAAAUGUGGAUUGUUGGAGGCUAUGUCUUCAAUCAUUCUGACUCUCAGAAGGUUUUAGCGUAUGAUCUCAUUUCUGAAGAGUGGCUUCCACUGAACAGCUCUGUGAACUCAGUAGAGAUGAGAUAUGGUCAUUCGUUGGCAUUGCACAAGGAUAACAUCUACAUGUACGGCGGCAAGCUGGAUGCCACGGGGAACGUGAGCAGCCAGCUCUGGGUGUUCCACAUCCCGCGGCAGAGCUGGGCCGUGCUGGCUCCCCGCGCCAAGGAGCAGUACGCCGUGGUGGGGCACUCGGCACACGUGGUCACCCUGAGGGACAACAGCACCGUCAUGCUGGUGCUCUUCGGGCACUGCCCCCUCUACGGCUACAUCAGCAACGUCCAGGAGUACAACCUGUUGACAAAUACCUGGAGCAUCUUGCAGACGAGCGGAGCUCUGGUGCAGGGAGGAUAUGGUCACAGCAGUGUUUAUGAUCCAAAUACAAGAUCAAUCUAUAUCCACGGGGGUUACAAGGCCUUCAGUGCCAACAAGUACAGACUGGCAGAUGAUUUGUACAAAUAUGAAGUGGAUUCCCGCAUGUGGACUAUUCUCAAAGACAGCCGAUUUUUCCGCUACUUGCACACAGCUGUGAUAGUGAGUGGGACUAUGCUGGUGUUUGGAGGAAACACUCACAACGACACCUCCAUGAGCCAUGGAGCCAAGUGCUUUUCUUCGGAUUUCAUGGCCUAUGAUAUCGCCUGUGAUCGAUGGUCUGUGCUGCCUCGCCUGGCUCUGCACCACGAUGUCAACAGGUUUGGGCAUUCUGCUGUGCUGUACAACAGCACCAUGUAUGUGUUUGGAGGCUUCAACAGCCUCCUCCUGAGUGACAUCCUGAAGUUCACACCUGAGAGAUGUGAGGCUUUUGGCAACGAGUCGUCCUGCCUGGGGGCUGGCCCUGGGGUCAGGUGUGUGUGGGCUCUGAGCCCUCCCCGCUGCAUCCCCUGGGAAAAUGCAACACUGGCACAGCAGCAAAAGGUCUUUGAAGACUGUCCUCCCAAGCCAGCUGUAGACAAUGAAAAAUGUGAUCAGAUUACAGACUGCUACAGCUGCACAGCCAACACAAACAGCUGUCAGUGGUGUUCUGACCAGUGUAUCCCAGCACACAACAACUGCACAGAGGAACAGGUGCCUGUUACUAUCUAUGAGAAUUGUCCUAAGGAUAAUCCUGCCUAUUACUGUAACAAAAAGACAAGUUGUAAAAGCUGUGCCAUGGAUCAAAACUGUCAGUGGGAACCUAGGAAUCAGGAGUGCAUUGCUUUGCCAGAAAACAUCUGCGGAACAAACUGGCAUUUGGUUGGCAACUCCUGCCUGAGGAUCACCAACGCCAAGGAGAACUACGAUCAUGCCAAACUGUCCUGUAGGUCCAACGGUGCUUUACUGGCUUCUCUCACUACCCAGAAGAAGGUGGAAUUUGUUCUGAAGGAGCUGCAGAAGAUUCAGUCUUCACCCAAAACUUUGACUCCAUGGGUUGGACUGAGGAAAAUCAAUGUCUCCUAUUGGUGCUGGGAAGACAUGUCCCCCUUCACCAACACCCUGGUGCAGUGGCUUCCCAGUGAACCCAGUGAUGCUGGAUUUUGUGGAUAUUUAGCUGAGCCUUCCCAACAGGGAUUGAAGGCAGCAACAUGUAUCAAUGAGGUCAACGGCAGUGUCUGUGAAAGGCCAGCCAACCACAGUGCCAAGCAGUGCCGCACGCCGUGCGCGCUGCGCGCCGCCUGCGCCGAGUGCACCAGCGGCAGCUCCGAGUGCAUGUGGUGCAGCAACAUGCAGCAGUGCGUGGACUCCAACGCCUACGUGGCCUCCUUCCCCUACGGGCAGUGCAUGGAGUGGUACACCAUGAGCAGCUGUCCCCCUGAAAACUGCUCAGGGUACUGCACGUGUGCUCAGUGCCUGGAGCAGCCGGGCUGUGGGUGGUGCACGGAUCCCAGCAACACCGGCAAGGGCAAGUGCAUCGAGGGCUCCUACCGGGGGCCUGUCAGGAUGCCCACCCCCUCCACGCCAGGGAAACACAGCCUGGAGCCCGUGCUCAACGUCAGCAUGUGCCCUGCCGAGACCAGCUACAACUGGUCCUUCAUCCAGUGUCCAGCGUGCCAGUGUAACGGGCACAGCCGGUGUGUGAACGAGAGCGUCUGUGAGAAGUGUGAGAACCUGACCACAGGCAGGCACUGUGAGACCUGCAUCUCAGGCUACUACGGGGACCCCACCAACGGGGGCACCUGCCAGCCUUGCAAGUGCAAUGGCCACGCGUCCGUCUGCAACACAAACACAGGGAAAUGUUUCUGCACAACCAAGGGAAUCAAAGGAGAUGAGUGUCAGCUGUGUGAAGUUGAAAACAGAUAUCAAGGAAAUCCACUUAAAGGAACGUGUUACUAUACUCUGCUCAUUGACUAUCAGUUCACCUUCAGCCUUUCCCAGGAGGACGAUCGCUAUUACACAGCAAUCAACUUUGUAGCAACACCUGAAGAGCAAAACAGAGACCUGGACAUGUUCAUCAAUGCAUCUAAAAACUUCAACCUCAACAUUACUUGGUCUACAAGUUUUGCAGCUGGCACACAGGCUGGGGAGGAAAUUCCAGUUGUUUCCAGAACUAAUAUUAAAGAGUACAAGGACAGUUUCUCCAAUGAGAAAUUUGAUUUCCGCAACAACCCGAACAUCACCUUCUUUGUUUACGUCAGCAAUUUCACCUGGCCCAUAAAAAUACAGAUUGCAUUCUCACAGCACAGCAACUUUAUGGACCUGGUGCAGUUCUUUGUGACAUUUUUCAGUUGUUUCCUGUCAUUGCUCCUGGUGGCAGCUGUGGUUUGGAAGAUUAAACAAAGUUGCUGGGCAUCACGACGGAGAGAGCAACUCCUGCGCGAGAUGCAACAGAUGGCAAGUCGCCCCUUCGCCUCCAUCAACGUUGCCUUAGAAACAGAUGAGGAGCCACCAGAUCUCAUCGGGGGGAGCAUAAAGACUGUACCAAAGCCUAUCGCGCUGGAGCCCUGCUUUGGGAACAAAGCAGCCGUUCUCUCCGUCUUCGUGAGGCUGCCUCGAGGGCUCGGGGGUAUUCCACCACCAGGACAGUCAGGUCUCGCCGUGGCCAGCGCUCUGGUGGACAUUUCACAACAGAUGCCAAUUGCCUACAAAGAGAAGUCGGGCGCCGUCCGGAAUCGGAAGCAGCAGCCCCCUGCACAGCCAGGAACCUGUAUUUGAUGCAUGGACAUCAGAAACUGUCUAGGGUUUUAAACACAAUGGAAAAGUAAUACCAAGGAGGAGGAAGAUUUCCAAGUCGUGUCCCAAGAGACUAGAAGCACCCGGAAAAACCACAACUUCCUUGAACCCAGUUUUUUUCUCUCAUCUACGUGCUAGUUGGCUUUAUUUGACAACUGCUCCACUUAAGUUUUACUGACACGUGGCUUCAGAUUGCUCCUUUGUUUUCUUCAAGUUUAAAGCAGAAUGGUUUCGUUGCAGGUGCGGUGAGGUCCAGCGCCGCCACUCCUGGUCAGUGUAAAUACAACAGUAGUCCAAUGAAUGACACUCAGGUUUCUACAUGGAAAGUGCUUUGUAGUUCAUGUAUUUAUCAAACUGUACAAAAAGAAAAAGAUUCAGUGUUUACAGGUGUCAGCUCUCAACACAUAAACACUACUAUUAAUCUUCAAAGCAUCUUCAUUCUUUGUUUUCAUUUAAUAUUUAAUUGUUCCCUCAUUAUUUCAGUGGAACUCUCUUGCAGGCACAGCCUUUUUGUAGUCAUCAUGGUCCAGGAAUGCAAAAGCUGGGAUGGUUUAAAGGUUGCUCAGAUGUUGCUCAGACCAUAUGAAAUAACUGGAAAGUUGGAUGUUGCUUUGGAAAGACUCAGUGUUUACAUAGUCUUAACCUGCUUGGAGUACACCACACACAAGUGCCUAGACGUGAACAGAUCUAGGGAGUAAGGAGACUGCUACACACGCUGCUUUUUAACAUAACUAAAUUCCUUUGAAGGUAUGUAUACUCACAUCUAGAGUCACCCAAGGCACUCUGUGUCCUCUGUCCCAUGCAGUCAGAGGAAAAUCGCAUUUUCCUGACCAACCAAAUACUCACCCAGGUGCAAAUACCUGCAAGGCACGUAGAGUUUCAGUAUCCCAUAAGAAAACUCCCGGUUUCACCAGCAUUUUCAUAGAAGCAGUCUGUGUUCCAGGUCAGACACAUCACAUUUUUCUGAUUUUGGCCUCCUUCCUCCCCCUUCCCUCCUGCCAUCCUCUGGAUGAGAGCUGAGCUUGGAGGCAUUGCUCCCCAGUGGUUGUGGUUUGCUCCAUCUUCUUACAGGGUGUAAAAAGCAAUGCUCCAGGUGCUAGGGCACUUGAGGAUGAAGUUAAAAAAGAACUUCAAAUAAAGAUCAAGCAGAGCAGCUUUGUUUUGCCACAGGUUUGAGUUCUCCACGAUGAGACCCUGGUAUUUCCUGUGUGGCUUGAGCUCUGUUAGAGGUUGAAGAAGUCGCUGGUUGGUGAAAGGAUGAGACUUGCAAACAGCAAAGAGAAGGUUUGGUUUUUAGGGGUGCAUCAAACCAUCUGAACUGCUCUGCCAAGCUGGGAUUGUGGUUUGAGGCUCCAGGCUGGACUGAGGCACCCGUCUGUGUGUGGUGGUGUCCAGUGUGUCCCUGGAAUGUGGCACAGGGCCUGGGGGGGCUGCAGUGGUGGGAAGGUGUCAGUGAAGGCUCCAAAUGAGGGCUGUGAUUAUGGCUCCAUCAGUCAUCGUGGGUCACCCAGGUCACUGGGCUGCUGUGGAGGACAUCUGAUAUUUAAUAAUGGAGAAGUAACACAUGAAGGGAAGUGCUCUUGGGUCUGGCCAGGCAGCACCUUUCCAAACUGAAACCCAAAUAACUGCUCCUGUUUUGUGCAUGUUCUGGUGAUCAGUCACGUGUCAGCCAUUCAUUUCUGGGGUGUUUUCUUUCUAACCAUGUAUUUUGAAGAAGCUCUUUGGAGCCUGGCAGCAUUGCAAUAAAGAGGUGAAUUGCUGUGUGUGUCCAGACAGUGGUGAUGGGAACAGCCUGAUGGCUUAAGGACUGUGGUGGAUGAUAAUUCUGAUUUAAUGUGUCAUUCAACAAGUGCAAUGGGACUGCGAAAAAAUAUUGGGACUGCAGAAAAAUAUUGGGAAAAAUGCAUUAUAUAUAAAAAUAUAUGUAGAUGCAUCUGUUUCUAAACUAGAAGUUUCAGUGCUCUUUGGGAAGAAGGAAUUAUGAUCAGAAAAGGGUUGAGAUUUGUCUUAGAAUGAAGGGAUUUAGGCAAUUUAAGUUUUACCUGAUGCACGGAUUACCUCAGACAGAUUCAUCUCCUGAUAAUAUUUUCUGACUUGCUCAGUGAUAGGGUUAAUCUGAACUGGAGAAAUAAGACUGGACUAAAAUCCCUCCCCUGUUACUGUGUAUUUUCAGCCACGAUGCACAUCCUGAUGUUUGCAGAUUUCUUCUUGCUGUUUUUGGGAGGAGAGCUGCCAGCCCAGAUGGUGAAAGCCCCAGUGCUUGGGUUUCCCACUUCAGGACAGCUCUUGGGCAGGUGCUUAAAGUUGUUGGGUUUUCCUGAUCACAAACAGCUUUCAGGACUGUAGGCCUGGAGGGGUGACAGAUUUUUACAGACAUAAAUACAGAGUUUGGGACGUUUUCUCACUCCUGGAGAGCUGGGCUGUGUCGUCUGCAAAGCCUGCAGUGUGCCAGGAGUGUGGCCAAAAUGAGGUGUCAGAUACUGAAAAAAUGAGCAAAAACGAUCAAAGUCAAGGUGUAUCAGAACCAAAAAAUGUGAAUAGAGCAACAAGAGUUACUUACAUAACUAAAAGGACCUGAUUCCUUUAGGAUGUAGCUCUACCCUGCAUCUGAUCAACAUCCUGAUGAGGGAGAAGAGAAUUCUCAUACAUAGCUCUGCUGCAGUUUCAUCCCAGCUUAGAGGUAAACAGGGAAAAACAUGGGAAAGGCUCGGGGAAGGAGGAAUUGCUGGCAGUUUAUCACCAGGCCAGUAUCAAAAGUGAAGGAAUUUUGGGUUUAUUUCAUUUGGAGGAGAGGUGGGGGACAAAGAACAACCUUAUUUCAUGGGAGAAUCUGUAAAUAAAUGACAAAUGGCACACAGAUUUUGCACUUGUACAUAAACUCUACCGUAACAUGCAGAACAUGGAGAGAUUUAAAGUGUAUAUAAACCAGAAAAAAUAUUGAAUGUAUUUUUGAUGAUUUUAAAUUAUGUAUGAGUUUUGUCUUAAUAACUCCUUCAUCUGAUCAGUAGUAGAUAACUUUCCACAGCUUUAAACACCAGAUUAUAUAGUGAUAUCUUGCAAAGCAGGGAUGCGUAACUUGACUUUUGUGUGUUCAAAUGUAUUUCACUUAAAUGUAGAAACCAAGGUAAAUAAUGGUUUUUCCAUUUGAAAGGGGGAAAAGCAACAUUGGGAUACAAGUAAUAAAGGUCCUUAAAGUGGUCACUACAUGGAGGAUUAAAUCAGUAGUGUAAGGCCUUUGUUACUAAAAUUGUGACAGUGUUUCCAUUCAAAAUCACUAUUUUCAGGUGUUUAUGACUGGCUGAAAUUCAGCAUUUGACAUCUCAACCCUCAGAAGAUUUUCAUUCUCUGAGAGGAGCCUCUAAAAAAAUUAGAAAUGAAAUUUCAGAACUGUUGGAGCCCUUUUCUUCGAGAAAACAAUGGUGCCAGUGGAUCUCCAAAUAACACCCUUUUUUUAAAAUUCACCAUUUUCCAUGAGUUUUAGCCCAGAAUUUUCUCUGGGCAGGUGUAGCAUGACCUUGCAACUCUCUGGCUCAAUAUUUUGGAUAUAAGAAUAUUUAUGAGACACAACUUUUCAGUUGUUACUAUCACUUUCCCUGGGCUUAAAACGCACUGUAGUGAAAUUACCAAAAUAAAGCUAUUUAUGGUGGGAAAUGCCUGUGAUGAACAUCAAGCCAUGGCAUGUAAUGUCCAAAAUUCAGUAGUGUGGAACCAUGGACAGCCUCUGCUGGCAGAUCCACCCUCCUGAGGAUGCUUUGUGUCCUCCUUGGAGGGUGCCCAGGAGCUCCAGCUCUGUGCAGGAACGUGCCCAAGGUGCCCAGGCCCUGCUGGGGUUUGUGGGGUGCUGUAAAUGGCACUGAGCCUGCUGGGGUUUGUGGGGUGCUGCAAAUGGCACUCAGCCUGCUGGCCCUGCAGGAGCUGAAAGGAGCCUUUGGGCCUGAAACCAAACCUGGGGCCUUUUCCAUACCCCUGGGGCUCCAGUGCCAUGGGCUGGGCUGCCCCCGUCCUUUGCUGCUCCAGCUGUUCCAGCUGCUUUUCCUUCUCCAGGCACCAACAGCAUCCAGAGCCCUCAGCCCCUUCCCACGGGAAGCUGGGAUUUAUUGAUAAUUGCUGGGAUUUAUUGAUAUUACCUGGGAUUUAUUGAUAUUAAGCUCUGUGUAAGACAGCAGCCAGCAGGCUCUGCGUGCCCAGGGCAGCCCCUGAGCCCCUCCCGGGUUUCUCCAUCUGGGAACACCCAGGAGAGGAGAAGGGGCUGCCCUGGCAGAGCCCCUGGAGCUGCAGGACAGGGGACAGGGCUGGGCUGGGCUGGGACAGGAGGGAAGGGAUGGCUCGGGGUGUGUGCCUCAGUUUUGGGUGUGUUCUUUGCAAUUUUAGACAAAUUCCUGCUUUUUCUAUUGGUAGCUGCUGAAACAAGCUGAGUUUCCAUGCCAGGACUACUACAGUAUGUGUAUCUGCUGAUUUUCUCUGCAUCAGGGCAGGUUUUGUUCAGUCUGUUUCUUUGUUCACACAGACGAUUUGUGUGCGUCUUCCAGGUACUAGAAUUCUUUAGACAUUUCCUCUCCAUUUAGUAUUGAUUCCACAAACCUCACCAGUUGGAAAAAAGAGAAAAGUAACAAUUGUCGCAGAGUGUAUCACAUGUCAGUCCAUUAAAAAAAAAAAGAAAAAAAAAGAAAAAAAAUAGUUUUAUAUUACUCUGAAAUUUGUGCACAAUAAAUGUUCUUUAAACUAAGAUCCUUGAAUUAAUUGUAUUCUGGAUUUUUUUCCCUCUUUGUUCUGUAAUUAUUUAUGAUUCUUAUCUGUGUUCAGACUUGAGCUUAGUUUGUUAAUAUGUAUAAUUUAGCAUUUAUUGCAUUCAUAUGUAAAUAGGAGCAAGUAUUGUAAACUAUUUCAUUGCUGGGGUUGUGGGUGUUAUACAUACACACAUUUAGGAUUGCAGUUUUUUGGUAUAAUUUUUUGUAUUGUAAAAUAACAGCUAAUUUAAAGCCGGAACGAGAAAAUUCUUGGGAGGUCUGUGCAUUUUAAAUACAAAUGUGAAGUACAUGUAUAUAAAUAAAGGUAAAUAAUGCAAAUCUUUCCUCUGAAAUAAAAAGUAGAUGAUCUGGUUAAAA